GCAGGCAUGUGCUGCCGCAUCUAGCUUAGCACAGAAUUUAAAGAAAUGUGUGGACCCUGGAAGGAAUGGGCUGGCAGCUGGUCACCUCCUUGUGGAAGGUUCUGGAAGCUUCCAUCAGUGGUCCUGCUCCCUAAAGUGUGUCUGCCUGCAGCCUCUACAGAGUGAAGGCAGCACCCAGAACUCCUGUCAUGUCCAGGUUUGGUCCAGCAAGACUAUGAAUCUCUGUUCCAAAUGCUUUGCUGAUUUUCAGAAGAAGCAACCAGACGAUGAUUCCACUCCAAGUACAAGUAACAGCCAACCCGAUUUGUUUUCUGAAGAGACCACCAGUGACAACAACAAUACCUCGAUAACCAUGCCAACUCUAAGUCCUAGCCAGCAGCCGCUUCCGACAGAACUGAAUGUAACUUCACCAAGUAAAGAGGAAUGUGGGCCCUGCACAGACACAGCUCAUGUCUCAUUAGUCACACCAACCAAAAGAUCCUGUGGUACAGAUUCACAGUCUGAGAAUGAGGCUUCACCAGUGAAACGUCCCCGACUACUGGAGAGUACCGAGCGGUCUGAGGAAACCAGCCGAUCUAAACAGAAGAGCCGGCGUCGGUGCUUCCAGUGCCAAACCAAGCUGGAGCUGGUGCAGCAGGAAUUGGGAUCGUGUCGCUGUGGGUACGUGUUCUGCAUGUUACAUCGCCUCCCUGAGCAGCAUGACUGUACAUUUGACCACAUGGGCCGCGGCCGAGAGGAAGCCAUCAUGAAAAUGGUGAAACUGGACCGCAAAGUGGGGCGCUCCUGCCAGCGCAUUGGGGAGGGGUGCUCCUGAAGGCCAGGCAACGACCAUCACAUGACGCUGUUCGUAGUUCACUAAUGUUAGCCUUAUUUAGGACGAAGUCAGCCAGACACCUUGUACUGGGCACGCGUCAGACUACAGCCAGUCUGUUUCCUUUCUUUAGCCAGCCAUCCUGGUACUGUAGUUUAGGGGUUGAUGGUGGUUGAAAUUGAUUUCUGGCUGGUUACUAAGGUGCCUGCUAGCCAUUGUAUAAAAUUAAAACAUGAAGAAUAUUUUUUUUGAGCAUGGCUAGUGGAUUUAAAACAACACAUACCUGUCACUGCUGGAGUCAAACUUAUAAAAAGCCUUAAGCGGAAAGUGUUCCAGAUGGAGACUCUGAGUUAAUAGAGGAGUAGAAGCUGGUGUUAAAGUUCCCACGACGCAUAUGGCUUUGCCAGAAGCUCUGUUUAAUGUUCGGCCUUUCACCUCUUCACUUGUCCUUAGUCCCAGUAGCCAGGACACCUGGUGGCCACGUGUGCCUUGGCCACAGGAGGCUGCUGACACUGGCCACGUGGCUGGGCUGGGUGGUGGCCUUGCUCUCCCAAGAGCUAGAAAUGGGGGGUGGGGGACAGAUUCUUACGGAAAUUUUUUUUACCUGACUUGCUAUGAAAAAGUUCAUCCUACAAGAAGAGAAACAAUAACCUCACUUUGAAAAUUAGCUCGACGAGUCCAUGCACGAGACCCAUCUCCUACAUAGGAUCCGUGGUCACGAGAAGCAGCCCCGGUGCCCGACCCCAGUGGCUCUGAUUGCCAUUUGCCAAGUGCAGGGACCUGGUAGUUGAUCAGAUAAGGCUCAUGGCAGCACAGCGGCUGUGGCCGGGGUCUGCAAAUGCCUUUUGCAGCCCGGUUUCUUCACGGGGUUUUUUUUAAAAAAGACAUUUCGUAGUCACCAGGCACCAGGUGUGCUGGGGAAGCUGUAGCCCACGCAGCCAGAGCCACUCGCCCCUCCAGGGGCCUAGCGGGUGGUGCUGUGGCGCCCCUCUAGUUUCUAUGCAGUCCCAUGGUACAGGGGUGGCCAGUCCACCUGCACCAUGUGGCACACGCAGAGGGCCGCAUGCUUCACCAGCUCCGUGGGCUCGGGUCUCAGCAGUGGUUCGCACCUUGUCCCGAGCCACACCGUGUGGCGGCUGAGGCCAGAGGCUCUUGGGAGGGCAGUGCCUGGCCUGUGCCUCUUCACGUGGGCAGAGACGUGUUCAGUAGCUGCAGCGGCUUGGGCCAGAAGGGGAGAGGGAUGUGGACCUGGUUCCCGUGUCAGAGUCAUUGCCCUUCAGCCGAGGGUGCCCUUGAAAGCCUGCAUCAGGUGGCAAGCGGUGCCCGCGCCCCAUCACCAGGUGGGCGAGCGCAGGCGGCUCCUGCAGAGGCAGGGUGGGUCUGCCCACACCGUGCUACUGACUACUUUAACCCAGCAACUUUCCUUUGUACAAAACAACAAACACUUCAUCUCUGUCUGCAAAUUGACCGCAGAACACCUGCAACCACAAAUGUUUUUGAUCC